AUGGGUGAGCCAAUACCUCUCCAAGUUGAUACUUAUGUGUCCCCUCCUAUCAAGACUGCUACGGGCCUCGACGACCCAGACAAACAAUGGUGGCAGCCUAUCACCAGCACCUUGAUCCAUGGGCCGACCUCUGCUGUACUGGUUGACCCCCCCAUCACGACCGCCCAGGCGGAGAAGGUAGCGGACUGGGUUGACUCUGUCUUGUCGUUAUAUCCUGGCAAGAGACUACGGUACAUCUACAUAACUCACGCACAUGGCGACCACUAUUUUGGUGCCCCCGUCAUUCAAAAGCGGUUCUCCGGCGUGCAAAUUCUAGUCACUGCUGCAGUUCUGACGGGCAUUGAAUACAUGAACGCGCCGGAAGUCUACAGUGUCUGGACCAAGUGGUUCCCGGGGGGACAACUGUCCGUUGAGAAGGUUUCGCCAACGGCCCUGCCACCCUCGAAUGAGUUCGUCAUGGACGGAGAAGUUUUCAAAGCCUACGACGUCAGUUCUGACUGCGAAAGAUCGUCGUUCCUACAUGUACCCUCCAUUCAUUUAAUUGUCGGUGGAGAUGUGGUAUACGGCGAUUGUCAUCAACAUUUGAGGGAGGCAAACACCACCGAAAAGAGACGACGAUGGCUUGAUGCACUCGACCUUAUUGAAAGUCUUGAGCCGAACACGGUGAUUCCUGGUCACAAGCGUGCUAGUCAGAGCGACGGACGGCAUCUGGUGGAAGCUACUCGGAAGUACAUUCACGACUUCAUUCGUUGGGGUGAAGAGAUUAGAGACAACGAUUCAAUUGGUGAUAGUGAGAAACCGCAAGCUCUGUUCUCCAGAGUCAAGCAGGGCUAUCCGCAUCGAUGGAACGAUUGGCUAUUGAACGGCUCGGCUGUCGCCUUUUUCAAUUGA